AUGCAUAAAGAACCACCAGCGCAGAAGAAAAAAGUCUGGUUUGAAAUUUGUCCCUCAGACACUCUAGUGUUGUUUAGCGGGCCCUUGGGGCCACCCACAUGCUUCCUUCACAGUGAAAACAUCGAAUCUUUUCACUUGCUUGAUCUUCUCUUAGCGACGUGUCACCGCCUCGCCGCCGACACCGGUGCUCAAAAAGGCCUCUCUUCCCUCGCAGAGGCCACUUCCUCCAUAUACAUACACCAUGUUACUACGAUAGCACAAGCCUACUCUCCUCUUAUCCCAUCUCCCAGAGCCUACCGUUGGCAUGGCGACCUACAACAAUGAUCUCCCACCUGUGACUGACCUCGACAAGGUCAGCACCUCUCAUCCCAACCUCACCACACCUCCAAGUCAAAGCGUCGAAGCAUUGAAAGAUAUCGUCUUUGGAUCAACAGCCGGAGUGCUGGGAAAAUUCGUCGAGUAUCCUUUUGACACUGUCAAGGUGCGGCUACAAUCGCAGUCUCACGACCCGGGCGCACAGCGAUUGAGAGGACCCCUCGAUGCCUUCUCCGCUGCUUUUCGAAGUCCCGAGGGCCCCCUUGUGUCUCUGUACCGAGGAAUCAGCGCACCACUUCUAGGAGCCGCGAUCGAGACAUCAUCCUUGUUCUUCAGCUAUCGUAUCGCUCAGGACAUUGUCGUAGCGGCUACCCCAUCCCUUCGCAAACAACGAGAUCAGAACAACGGGAAAGUCGAGCUGCAUUUCUCCUCGCUUGUCGCUUGCGGUGCCGCCUCUGGUGCAUUUACCUCCAUCCUCCUCACGCCCAUCGAGCUCAUCAAGUGCAAGAUGCAAGUACCAGUUCACUCGUCUCGCACUGGUUACCCGGCCCGAAGUCUUCCUGGUCCCCUGGAUUUGGUCCGCACAAUCUUCCGCACUCAGGGCCUCAUGGGUUUCUGGCACGGUCAGAUGGGUACUUUGAUACGCGAAACUGGUGGAUCGGCAGCUUGGUUCGGCUCAUACGAGGGUGUUAAGAUGCUCUUCCAAAAGUACGAUUCGUCGGUGUCUCAGAUUACGGACGUCAAAAUUUGGCAGCAGGUGUUAGCUGGUGCAACAGCAGGCAUGUCGUACAAUUUCGUGUUCUACCCAGCGGACACGAUCAAGUCGCGAAUGCAAACGAGCACCAACGACAUCUCGGGCCUUAAGAAGAUGACUUUCGCAUCGACUGGAAGAGAGCUGUGGAAGGGACAAGGAUUGAAAGGAUUCUACCGUGGCUGCGGGAUCACCGUGUUCAGAGCCGCACCGAGUUCGGCCAUCAUUUUCAGCAUCUACGAGGCGUUGAGGAAACACUUUGGAUAGAAGACUGCACGAAUUGACGAAACAUUUUACGAAGAUCAUGUGGCGUUUCGGCAUAUGAGGAAGUUUAAAGA